UGGACCGAUUGGUUUUAGUUAAAAUCAGCGAACCGGUGGUUUUUAUAACAGGACCGGUUCAAUGUUUUUUGAAAAAUAACCCUAGCUAACCUAGCCCUCAAGAAGUGAAUCCCAGCCUCCCUCUCCCUCGAGUUCGAAGAAGUGAAGAGGGCAAGUGUCUCUCUCUCAGACUUGCAAUCCCCGGCUCCGCUGCCUCGUCUCGCCGGCUCCUCUGCGUCUCCGUCGUUGCGUCGACGCCUCCGUUAUUGGCUCGCCUGCCCUGCGUCGUCGCGUCUCUGUGCGUCCCUCGUUGUUGUCGUCGCGUCCUCGUCCGGCGUGGCUUGCCGUCACUGCUGCCUCCCCCUCGCCAGUCACUGCUUCGCCGUGACAGCUUGGUUUCUCUCUUCUCUGCCGCGUUCUGCAACUCGGUGCAUCAGCUAUCAGGGGAUCUUAGAUUGUUCCAUUUUUGCUUUAAGGUGACAAAUAUGGUAGGAUGUAGAGGAGAUUCAUCGGCUUGGCUAACUGCUCACUAAAGAACUUGCUGAACAAAAAUUACACAAAUAGAGACCUGUUGCAGGCCAAUCGUGGACUUCCAAAAAAUCAUGCCCACCAUAUUUUUUCUACACUAGAUCUGGACCACAUUAAUCUUUUAAUAUUAGUCUCUAUGGUCAUAAAUAUCAGAAGAUUAGUAUUCCAUGAAAGUACAGUGGUAUACUUGCUAAGCUUCCUAAUUUAUAUUGUUGGAUAGGAGAUAGAUUAUGUGAAUUUCUAAUAGCUGCUGAUUUUAUAUUGCCGUUUCACAUGUUUUAGAUGAAUAAAGAUACCCAGACUUUGAAAUUAUUCUUUCGAUAUAGUUCAUAGAUUAUUAUUUGUGUCAAAUUAAGAUACUAUUGUAGAUCUGUAGUAGUGCUAACUAAUUUUAUGUCUAUCUUUUGUAUUAGUUUAUUUUGGGAUUUGAGACUUGAUUCUUCAUAAAAUGUUAAAAUAUUAGUAAAGAUAUGUAUUUCAAAUUUUAAUUUUAAGUUUUUGACUAUUUUAUAUUUUUUAUUUACGUAGGACUGGUUUUACCAGUUCAACCAGUAACUUAUCGGUUGAACCAAUAAACCAGUAAACCAAUAGUCUGAUCGGUCCGAUUACCUGUUUGGUUCUUACAACUAUGUUUCGAACCAUUUGUCACAUUCUUUUCGUCUCAAUAGACCAAAUCUCAUGCUCACAAGACGAAUUCAUCGUCGUGGUCCUGCGAUUCUGUCUUUACAACAACCACAAUGCCUUUCUAUUCUCCACCGAACCUUCUCCCUGUGGUCCAUGAAGAAGGAUCCAGACCUCGAAUCUGCACUCUCCCGCAACCGCCGUUGGAUUGUCAACAACCAGAUCAAGAACAUCAUCCUCCGCCAUCCAAACCAAGAGAUCCCCAUUGCAUUCCUUCGGAAGAAGUUCAAAACCCUUGACCUCAAAGGCAAAGCCCUCAACUGGCUCCACAAGUACCCUUCCUGCUUCAACGUUACUUUCACCAGUGAGGAACACUGCUGUCACCUCUCCAAGCGCAUGAUGAGCCUUGUCGAAGAGGAGGAAUCUGUUAGGGAGUCUCAAGAAAAUGCUUUUGUUUGCAGGUUAGCAAAAUUACUUAUGAUGAGUGUCAACAAGAGGAUUAAUGUUCUGAAAAUCAAUGAGCUGAAAAGGAAUUUAGGGUUUCCCGAUGAUUAUAUAGUUAGGAUUGUUGCAAAGUACCCGAAUUUGUUUCGUGUUGUUAACGAGGGAGGGAGGAAGAGCUCUAUGGAGAUUGAAUUGGUUCACUGGGACCCUCAAUUUGCUGUAUCCACAGUGGAGACUGCGGCCAGGAGGAGCGGCAAUAUAAGGCCAACGUUCUCGUGUUCUUUGCCUUUCAGUUGGGUGAAAUCAUGGGAGAGAUUUCAUGAAUUCGAUUUGGUUCCUUACUUUUCGCCUUACGUGGACCCCAGGGAAUUGGUGGAAGGGUCGAAAGAGAUGGAGAAGAGGAAUGUGGGAUUGGUACAUGAGGUGUUGUCUUUGACUCUUUGGAAGAAAGCCUCAAUAGUGAAGUUGGGUCAUUUUAGGAGGGAGUUUGCUUUGCCUGAUAGGUUGAAUGUGUUGUUGCUCAAGCACCCUGGGAUUUUCUAUGUUUCCAACAAGUAUCAGAUUUACACAGUUCUUCUUAGGGAGGCGUAUGUUGGGUCUAAACUUGUCGAAAAGGAUCCUCUGGUUGUUGUGAAGGAGAAAUUUGGGGAACUGAUGCAGGAGGGGCUUCAUGAGUACAAUCAGAGGCGGCGCCACAUAAAUAUGGAGAAGAGGAGGAAGAAAGGUGUUCCUUUGGCUAGAGUAGAUGAAGUAAAGUGUAGGAGGAGGAGAAGUGAAAAUGCUGACUCAGAUGAUGAUGAGGAUGGAGACAACAAGCUGGGAGGUUUGUUUGACCCAGAGGAAAGGAAACGGUUUUAUAAAGUUCUGUUUGAUGAUGAUACUUCAUGAAAUUCUUUGAGGUGUGAGUGUGAUAGUUUAAUUUGCGUAUUUGGUUUAUAUAAAUUUGAUAUUAACCCUUGAAGGGCUGGAAGUGAGUCAAGCCAGCUCAUGAGCCAGCUCGAGCUCGACUCGUUAAUAGCUCGAUAAGCUAAACUCGUGAGCUGGUGAAUUAAGCUUGAGCUUGGAAUUGAACUCAUAAAUUAAAUAAGUCGAGCUUGAGCUUGGAUAUUACUGUUUCAUAUAUUACUGUUUCAUAUGAAUAUAUAUAAUAUUAAAAAUAUAGAUUAAAUGCAUAUAAGAUGUGUAUUAAUAAUUAUAAUAAUUUAUUUAUAGAUAAACAAUAUAUAAAAUUGAUCUUUUUAAAUAUUUUAAAAUAUAUAAGUUAUAAUUUAUUGAUAUAGAAUUAUAGAUUAUGUUCUUAUUAUUUGAGCUAGCUCGUGAGCUCGAGCCAGCUCGUGAGCUUUUGAUGAGCCAAGCUUGAGCUUGAGAAAUAGGCUCGAUUGUUAAUGAGCCGAGCCGUGAGCCAAGCUCAAUUUUUGUGAGCUGAGCUUGAACUUGGUCUAGCUCGGCUCAGCUCGGUUCACUUCCAGCCGUAUUAUUUUACCCUUCCCUCCCUGCUAGGUAUGCAUACAUACACAAGGUCGCCCAUAUGGAUUGAACUUUUGUUUUUGGUUUGAUAUGGUGCCUUAAAUUGGCGAUUUGACUUUUGGAACUGGUUUUCUGAAUUAAAUUUUGGUUUGGCUGGGUUGUAUUUACUUUAUGCCUCAUUGCUGAUGAUUCAACGGCAUGUGUAAGCUGUACUUUGUAUAUACUAGAAGAGAGACUGAGCGCAUAGUCCAGUUAAAACGCACAUAACUCUAAUAUAAGAUACCUGCGUCCCUUCUCUUCAUAGUUGCUGUUGAGUUAAAAAAGAAAACCUUAUCUUCCGAUAUUCUUUGUUAUUUUCUUUGGAUAAUGGUCAGUGGUGAUUGCCCAAUGAUGCACAAUUCAAAAUGUAUUGAACAGUUUUGUUGUGGUGUUAAGUUCAUCACUUGCCUUCCACCAUCUCUCUCUCUCUGGCUCUUGCUCGCUCACUUGCUCACUCACACUCACUUAAUCCUAUUCUGUGGGGUGUGUGUGUGUGCGCACGCAUAUGCCGCACGUGUGUAUAAAUAUAUAUAUGAAUUAUUAUGUAUCUUCCAGAUGGUGCUUGAAGGCUAUGAAUGAAAUCGGUGGGAAAAAGCAGUAGUUUAUUUGUAGGUAUUAAACCUCAGGGCUGUGUAUUCACUUUUUCUGGUUAAGUGGCUGUAUAAUUGAAGGUUCCGUUUUGCUAUCUAUCUCUUUGUUAUUGAUUUCAUUUCUUGUUGUUGUAAAGUGAUGUGCAUGUCUAUCCUUUUAUUUUACACUUCAUUUUUUAUAUUAACAUUGUUUGUCCUCCUGCCUAGUGACAGAACAAACAAGAAACUGACUACUGAAUGGUUUCAUGGCUUUGUUUAUAACUGGAUGUGAACCACCACCACCUUUGUCUGCAUCGUCAUCAUGAUCCUCACUGCUGGUUGUAAAAUGUGCACAAAGGAUGUGGAUAAAGCUUGCUGCAAAAGCUGUAUAUGAAUUUGCUCUUGGCCAUGAAAUCCGAGGGUUGUGUUCUAUUUUUAUCUCACCUCCCAACCACCCGAAAAUUAACCGGGUGCAAAAUCAUUUUCCUUUAAAGAGCCUUCAUGAGAACAGAAUAUCAGAAAAUUGUGCAUUGCUCUUAUGACCCUUAUUUUUCUUUACUCUGACCUGAUCAUCAUGGCUGGAUGCAUUGUUUUGUUCUUUUUUUGGAACUGCUCAUUUGCAUAGUUAUUAGUCCUUUUUUGCCAUGGCCUUAUGCUUAUACAGUCAAUAUUCCAUAACAUUAGCUUGUUUAUUGAAUAUGCUUAUACCACAUUUGUGAAUUAGUGGUUUAUGUUGUGUGGAUGCUUAAAUAAGCAAUAGUUUCAAACUUGGACUAUGAGUAAUUCAGAUGCAUCAGCUAUAGUUUCAGUUUGAUUUAAGUGUUUAUUGGUGAGUAUAUCUACAUGUCUCAUUUAUUUGUUCUUCUAAAAACUAUAUUUGAUGCAUCUUUUAAAAGCUAUAUUUUGUCCAGAUGAAAUAUUUGAUGCAUCUUUUAAAUAACAAAAUUUUCCAUCAUUCUACCCGAUGUAAUAACCACUUUUUGAUGUGCCCAGUGAUGUAAUAUUUGGACAUGAUGCAAAGCCUCUCCAUCCCUUUCCUCUGUUCCAACUUCCAUCAUUAAGUAAGCUGCUGCUUUUGUUGUGUUGUUCGUCUUCUUCUUCUUCUUCUUCUCCUUCUAUUCCAUCCUCUUCACUGUUACCACAACUUGCUAUUAUUAUUAUUAUUAUUAUUAUUAUUAUUAUUAUUAUUGGCAUCACAACUGGCAGUGGAUAGAGAUGGUGGAGGUUGCGGUGCUGUGUUCACCCACCUUGAUGGAUGUUGAGAGGCUUUUAUGGAUAUUGGCAAAGUGCUAGUCACUGAAAUCUGAGGGCAUUGCUAGCAUUCUCAUUUAAAAUAAUUUUAUUAGCUUGUUAUUGUGUCAUACUACUAUUUUUUUUUCAAACUAUUAUUGUACUAGUUUGCUAUUGGUCACAUACAACCGAGUGAUGGAUUUCAUUACUUUCCUUAAUGGUGAUACAUCAUUCAUGUUCUCUGUCUCCCUUUGUAUGUUAUAUACCUAUAGCCAUUGAGGGAUCUAAUUUGACAAAGAAAUUUAGGAUUGCUUGAGUGCUCAUUGUUCACAUGUUCUAUGAUGUCUUCAUUCUUCUUUUCUUUAUUUAUCUUUUUUGUCUAAAUCUUUCGCCAUAUGUUGUGUUUUUGUUUGCUUAUUUAGCUUCAAAAAGAUCAAAUGAUUGAAUUUUGCUAAAGGAACAUUUGACCAAAAAGAAGUGCUUUAUUCCCUAAGAAGUAUUAAAUGAUUCUUGUGUAAUUACUUGUACCUGCGCUUCAUAUGUUGUUUUGGUUUUCCAAAACAUAUCAACUUGAUUAAGUAAAUAGGAAAAUAAUUCUUGGUGUAAGUUUUUCAACUUCUAACUAUCAGAUUAAGUUUUGAUUAUCUACAUAUCCUGUUAUUUUGCACUUGAUUAAUCUGUACUAUAUUAGGAAUUUUUUUAGAAACCAGGAUAAAAUUUUUGCACGUGUUUGGAUAAGGUUUUUUUGUAUCUGUUGUAUUUUCUUGUUUUUAUUUACUUUCUGGUUGAUUAUUCUGAUAAUCGUUUCGCAUAUAUUUUGGUACCCUUGGUCAAUAAAUAAGCAUGAUGUCUUGCCAUUGUCAUACAAUUUGCCACAUAUCAUGGAGUUAAUUUCUGACCUGUCUCUCUCACUAAGGCAUUGUUUAUGUUUGAUUCAUCUGAAUUGAUGUGAUGUUUGACAUUCCAAAUAUUUCAAUACCUUUUGAUCUCUUCUUCCCUGGAAUUGAAAAGCAUGUUCCUUUGAAUAAUUUAUGUAAUCUGUGACGUUAAUGCUUUUGUUUUGGUAUCUUCGUUGAGUGCUUCAAAUCCUGGAAUCUUUCAAAGGGUCAAGGGUCAAGGAUGCUUGGUUCCAAGGGAUGGUGAAUUUGCAUCAUCAUGUCUUGUUUUGAACUGUGUUGAUGAGGAGAUCUAUUGUAGCAGACAAACAAGAGAAAGGGUCCCACAAAGUGAAUUCAAACAUGCCUUAUCCUGUUACCUCCUCUAUAUAAAAAAGCAUGUUCAUGCAUUCCUUUGUUUUGACGACCAUCAUAGACAAGUAAAAUGUACAAGGAAAUUGACAGAUAUAGUUUUGAUAUCUUUGGCUAAGUAGAUUGUCAUGCACAAUUGUAAUUGAUAUACAGUAUACACGUUGCUGCUUGUAAUUUUUUGUGUCAUUGAAUUCUGUUGAUAUUUUACUUAACACUCCUCCUUGAAGGAUUUGAUUUUACAAAGAUUCAAAAGUUUAAUCAAUUAGCCUCCGAAAGGAGAAAUCCCCUCUUUGUAAACCUCUCCUCGAAAGUGUGGUGUUGAAAUGUGACACUUAAAUCCACAUUUUUAGAGUUAAUAGUGAAAUUCGUUUCUGAAAAAUUAUUCAU